CCUUAUACCGUUUCUCUGCUGAUAUUCCUUUCAAGAAGCCGAUGAUAUAAUAGGGCAGCGGAUUAGUCGAGUUACUGUACAAUUUUCUCAGCCACCUAACAGCUACUCGUCAUUUCUUCUUCGUAAGCUCAAUCGAAACUCAUGUCGAUUUGAUCCAAGAACAUAAAAUUCGUUUUCCUUUUCAUUCUAUCAUCUAAUUGAUAUAUUAGCUUUUAUUCUUGUGCUAUAAUCUCAAGUAGCAAAACAAUGUCUUCUUCCAAUCUCACCAUGUGGGUCAAUCCAAAACCUUCAAAAUUUGAAACUUCUUCACUUUCUUUUCGAUUUCAAGCAAACCCAUUUCGCCAUUUAGCUCGAAUUUCGCAUCUUUAUAAUACUUUCUCUCAAUCAUAUUCAUAUAGUUCUCCAAUUCAUUGUGGUCUCCGUGAGCUAAGAGAGAGGAUUAGUACUGUCAAAAACACUCAAAAGAUCACUGAGGCAAUGAAACUUGUUGCAGCUGCGAAGAUUAGAAGAGCUCAAGAAGCUGUUAUCAAUGGUAGACCCUUUGCCGAAUCACUUCUUGAAGUACUUUAUCAUAUUAAUGAACAGCUCCAAUUAGAGGAUAUUGAUGUUCCGUUAACUAAUGUUAGGCCUGUAAAGAGAGUUGCUCUUGUUGUUGUUACUGGUGAUAGAGGCCUUUGUGGUGGUUUUAAUAAUGCAGUGUUGAGAAAAGCUGAGACCCGGAUGAUGGAAUUGGAAAACAUGGGGUUGGAUUGUUCUGUUAUUAGUGUAGGCAAGAAGGGUAAUGCUUAUUUUAAGCGAAGGGGUAAUGCUUGUGUUGAUAAAUUUAUUGAGGGAGACAGUUUUCCCACAGCUAAAGAGGCUCAACUGAUUGCUGAUGAUGUCUUCUCAUUGUUUGUGAGUGAAGAGGUUGAUAAGGUUGAGCUUAUGUAUACUAAAUUUGUGUCUUUGGUGAAAUCUGAUCCUGUGAUUCGUACAUUGUUGCCAUUGUCACCAAGAGGAGGUGUCUGUGAUGUGAAUGGCAAGUGUGUUGAUGCUGCAGAUGAUGAAUUUUUUAGGUUGACGAGUAAGGAAGGAAAGUUGGCUGUUGAGAGAGAGAGUGGGAAGGCAAACAGGGAGGGGAUUUUACCCCUUAUGCAGUUUGAGCAAGACCCAAUUCAGAUUCUUGAUGCAAUGAUGCCUCUUUAUUUGAACAGUCAGAUUUUGAGGGCAUUGCAGGAGUCACUAGCUAGUGAGCUUGCAGCAAGGAUGAAUGCCAUGAGUAAUGCCACAGAUAAUGCAGUUGAUUUGCAGAAGAGUCUUUCUAUUGCGUACAACCGAGAAAGGCAAUCAAAAAUUACAGGAGAGAUAUUGGAGAUUGUAGCUGGAGCUGAGGCACUAACAGAGUUGGAUUAAUUUAGGGUCCUAAUUAUCCUUCCUCUGUUGCUUGUAUCUGCUAGUCUUUUUGCUAAGAAUUUUGUGAUUAACAUCAUCUGAGUAUCUGACACCAGCUAUCAUCUAGAUGAAUAAUUGUUUGUUGUAACCAUAGCCUGAGUCCAUGUUCAAACUUUAAUUCAAGAUCACAUAAGAGCAAGAUGUAUUUGAAUCA